AUGGCUUCUACAAAGCUGAGAAAAACUCUCUCUGGAAUGUACGACGAGAUGCUAGCAGUUUCGGGUCCAUCUCCGCAUAUCCAACCACCAGUCCGUAAUUCAAAUCAGAAUUUGGUACCGCGAUCACUACUUGAUGUCAAUAGUCUCGAAGUGACCAGCCAUCAUUGGAAUAUGGAGAUUUUUGCAAAAGGAAUGGAAGCAUUGCAAGCAAUCAAGUUGGGAGUUCGUAUAAUUGGCAGUAAGCAAGUUGGUAUGUCUGUAUCAGCUCUACAGGAAGAUUUACUAGCUGCUUUACAUUCGAUCAGGCAAGGUGACCGGAUUUUGUACGUUAGCAAUAAAUCAAUGAUCGGUGUAACUGGACAAGAGGUAUACAAUAUUCUAUUUACAUACUUUGCACCAACAAAUUUUGCUCGCCAAAAAUCAUUCAAUCAUUUGCAAUUAUCAUUCCAUUAUGGUGAUAUAUUCUAUAUCACUGACACUCUUUUUGAUGGAACAGUUGGAUUCUGGCAAGCUACACGUGUUUAUUCAGCUGCAAAUCGUUCUAAUUAUGGCCAGAAUGAUAAUUGCAAAGGCUCUGUGGAACGUUUGCAACUUGCGCAAUAUGCACCAAUUGUUAUUUUUAUUGAUGUUGAAAGUAGAAGCAAAAUACGUGAUUUACGUAGUAAAGCUGGUGCUUCUACUACUAAAGUGCUUAUGGAACAAACACAUAAAAUUAAAAAGCAUUAA